GUUUUGGAAACCUUUUCUAAAAGUCGGUCUCCUCGCCCCGUUGUACUUCUGAAGUGUGGAGCCGUGGUGAAGGCUGGUGGCGAGCAGGGGGAUGCCGGCCAAAAUGCAACUUCUUAUCAGAUGUAACGGGAGGAUUUUCCUGGCUCUUUGUUUAAUCCUCUUUGUGGGAUACACAGCACAAGGUGCUCCGCUGCAGAAGGCAAGGUACAAGAGAGUAAGGUGCCGACCUGAGGCCUGGUCUGCUAACUGCAUCGAAGAGACGGGGCCCUGGUUUCACAUGCCCACGGGCGGAGCCAACAGGAUCCUUCCUCCCAUGGCAGACCCAUCCCUGAUGAAGCGAUACCAGGAACUGAGCAACUGGUUCCCUCUCUCGGACGAGUCUGGCUCUGGGUCCAACGCUGUGCUGGAAGAGGAUCCAGCCUCUGGGUCAGGGCUCGGUGACAGUGACAGCUUCUCUGAGCAGAAGCUGUCUGUCUGGGCGGGCCCACAAGGCAGCCAGCUGGAGCAAAAACUAACGGAGGAGGAUUUGCUCCUGUGAGGCUGGAGAUGUCGGCCUCCUCAUGCUGGUGGCGGACCCCUCGUCUCCUGCACCCCUUCCCCACUGCCUGACCUGAUGCAAUGGCCACAAAGCGGCUUUAAACCACCUCCAAAUCAAUAAAAACUUUACGAUCUGUA